AUGUUCGACAUCUUCGCCCACCUCUUAUCCUCCAUCGCCUCCUUCCUUUUCCCCCUCUUCGCCUCUUACAAGGCCCUCAAGACAUCCGACCCCGCCCAGUUGACACCAUGGCUCAUGUACUGGGUCGUCCUCGCCUGCGCUCUCCUCGUCGAGUCUUGGACUGAAUGGAUUCUCGUCUGGAUCCCCUUCUACGCCUACAUCCGAUUCCUCUUCCUUCUCUACCUCGUCCUCCCCCAGACCCAAGGCGCCCGCAUUAUUUACCAGACCCACGUCCACCCCUUCCUCCAAGACAACGAAGCGCAGAUCGAGGAGUUCAUCUCCGACGCCCACGAUCGCCUCAAGGCUGCCGGCAUCGCCUACCUCAAGCGUGCCAUAGAGCUCAUCAAGACCAACGUUCUGGGCCUGCCCCCGGGCGACCCUGAACCCGCCGCUCAGUCCGCCCCCGCCGCUUCCAACGCCCCGACCCAGACUUACACCCAAUCGCUUCUCGCCCGCUUCAGCGUCCCCACCGCGCGCUGGACCCCGGCCGGCCACGCUGGCUCCGACUUCUACAACCUCCUCGCUGGCGCCGUUACCGCCGCCACAAACGCCGCCGCGGGCGGUGGUGCGCCCGGUCAGCACCAGGACCUCUCCAAGUCGGGCUCCAUCAUCCCUCCGGAGCUUAAGGGCGGCGAGAGAAUGAGCUUCAUCGCGGCGCAGCGCGAGCGCCUCUCCUUCCUGCUCAAGGCCCUCGAACGCGAGGCCGCCGCUUCGGAGACUUUCGACGGGCCCGGCCGCCCGGGGAGCAUGCAGCUGGACGGUAACAGCGAGGAGGAGGUGACGCAGAGGCCAAUGAGCGCGCACAGCGGGCUGAGCAAGUCGCGCAGCGAGACGGACUUUGAAAAGAUCGAUGCCGAGAGCGGGGCCGAGGAUCUCGACGGCAACGACGAGGACGGCAUCGUCCGGCGGAGGCAGACGAGCGGUGGGUCGUCGUGGAUGCCGUGGGGCUGGGGAGCGACGCCGACGGCCGAGAACCCCGAUGGUGGGUCCAGCUCGGGUGUGCAGAAGUGA